GUUGAUCAACUUACCCAUUUGCCAACCAAAGCCAAGGGCCUCCCGAGAGAAGAAUUCAUGAAGAUUUCUCAUACGGACAGAAAGGUUACUAGAGUGAGUUUUGCAGAACUUAAAGAAGCAACAGGAAAUUUCAACACACACAAUUCCAUUGGGUUGGGAAAGAUUGGGAUAAUGUACAAGGCAGUGCUUCCAAAUGGUUCUCCCCUUGCAGUUAAGAGGCUAUACGAGUCUCAAUCUUUUGAGAAACAAUUCAAAUCUGAGCUAUCAGCUUUGGCUAGAUUGAGACACAAUAACAUAAUUUCCCUCUUGGGUUACUGUAGAGAAAGGAAGGAAAUGCUUCUAGUAUACCAAUAUAUAUCGAAUAGUAACCUUUAUGGUUGGCUACAUGCCGGAAAAGACAAGAAUAAGAUCUUGGACUGGCCUUUAAGGAUUAAAAUUGCCGUUGGGAUAGCAAGAGGCCUAGCAUGCCUUCACCAUAACUGUCAUUUCUCAGUAGUCCAUCUCAGCUUGAGUUCGAAAGCUAUCUUGCUUGAUCAGAAUUUUGAGGCCAAGAUAUCAAAUUUUGGAGAGGCAAUAAUAUUGAAACCUGGAGGGCUAAUGUUUGUUAACUCAAGUGAUAAUGACAUGAGCAAUAGAGUUUUUGAUGGCAGUGGGGCUAGGGAGUUGGAUUUUUACAAAAAGGAUGUCUAUGAUUUUGGCAUUCUGCUUCUUGAGCUAAUUACAGGAAAGGCACCCAUUCAAAUAAAUAGUUAUUCAAACCGUUUGGAUGGGAGUUACGUUGAUUGGAUUACUUGUCUUUUGACUUGCCCUUCUUUAAUGUGCAAUUUCAUUGAUAAAUCUCUUAUUGGGUUAGGUUUUGAUAAUGAAAUCUUUCAAUUGCUCAAAAUUGCUGGUGCCUGCAUUAAGCCCUUAUCUUGUCAAAGGCCCACAACCCUUGAAUUGUACCAUGUGAUAAGCAUCCUUGGAGAGAAUUAUGGCCUCAUAAAUGAUGAUCCGGAGAUAUUGAGGCAAUCUGAAAUUGCUACUGCCAGUACUUCGAAUGAAAUUGUUGAGGCUGAAAGUAUAUAGAACUACUGAAGCAUGACAAACAAAGUGGAGCAUUAAGUUAACGAAAAAUAUGAAUUUCUCCAAUCAUGGAGGUUGUUUGCUU